AUGCCCCCAUCCCAGCCAGACAGGGCGAUCGAUCGGGAGGAGCGUCAAGGCCUGAGUGCCAUUCGCAACUUCCUCAAGGUUCGCACUAGCUAUGACGUCCUUCCGCUGAGUUUCCGGCUCAUUGUCUUCGAUACGGCGCUCUCGGUGAAAGAGAGUCUGAACAUUCUUAUCCAGAAUGGUAUGUACUUUUGCGCCUGCAUCGUUUCGGCACCGUUGUGGGACUCCAAGUCGUCCACCUUUGCCGGUCUUCUGACUACGUCGGAUUACAUCAAUGUCAUUCAAUAUUACUUCCAGAACCCCGCAGCUUUGGACCAGAUUGACCAAUUCCGCUUGGAUAACCUUCGAGAGGUGGAAAAGGCAUUGGGCGUUGCGCCUCCCGAGACAAUUUCCAUUGAUCCAGAGCGACCGCUGUACGAGGCCUGUCGGCGUAUGCUCGAGUCCCGAGCUCGAAGGAUUCCGCUUGUCACCAACGAUAGCCAAACAGACCGACAUCUUGUCCUCAGCGUCAUCACGCAGUACCGCAUUCUCAAAUUUGUGGCAGUCAACCUUAGCGAUACGCAGAAACUGAAGAAACCCUUGGGGGAAAUCCAACUGGGUUCCUACGGUGAUAUUGCGACCGCGUCGAUGGACACACCCGUCAUUGAUGUGAUUCAUAUCCUGGUUGAGCGGAGUAUAUCCAGUGUGCCGAUUGUGAAUUCGGAAGGUGUUGUGUACAAUGUCUUCGAAUCAGUCGACGUCAUCGCAUUGAUUAAGGGUGGUGUAUAUGACGAUUUGAGCCUUACGGUUGGCGAAGCAUUGAAGAAGCGACCUUCGGAUUUCCCUGGAAUCUAUACCUGCUCGCUAAACGACGGCCUAGACACCAUUUUCGAUACUAUCCGCAAGUCCCGCGUGCACCGUCUGGUUGUAGUGGACGAGAAUUUCCGAUUAAAAGGCGUUCUAACACUGAGCGACAUUUUACAGUAUAUUCUGCUGGAAGGUGAAGGUGAUGAAGCUUUAUGAUUUAAGGACACGCCCAGGUGUCUUCGCAUGGCCUGCAAUUGCAUUGGAACGGUGUUUUUGUUUUAUCUACUGAUCAGCCCUGAGACGACCACGAUAUGGCCCGUCAACGGACGAAUGGCUGGCUCAUUCUGAAUGUUCCUAUCUUUCUGGAACUGCUGUUCGACAAAAAGAUGGUAUAAUAUGACUUUUGGAUUCAUUCGGCAUGAUUCCUGCAGGGGAGUUCAUAGCCAGCCAGCAGUCUAGCAUCGGCGUUUGGCUUUACAACAAUAGAUUUCUGCCAUUUGUACGACAAAUAUUAUGAUUAACGCCCUUCUCUGUAUGAAUUCCUGAUGUAUUUGUAUUUUCCUAUCCCGUCCUGUAUGAGAUAUGCCC